AAAAAGAACCCAUGGGAUCAAUGCAGGAUUGGAGUGUUGUCAAGCAAGUGCUAUGGAAGGAUAGCGAAACUGAGGAGAUGUUGAGAUGAAGAACUGCAGAAUCGGAAGUGAGGUUCCAAGAAAAGUCAGGGGUUGGCAGAUUGCCUCCGAGACGCUUCCUGUCCGUAACAUAAAGUCAGCCAUGAUCCUGCAGAAGCUCUUCAGGUUCUCCUCUGUCGUCCGCUCAGCAGUUGCAGUCCAUCUGCGGAGGAACAUUGGUGUAACAGCAGUGGCAUUUAAUAAGGAGCUUGAUCCUGUACAGAAACUCUUCGUGGACAAGAUUAGAGAAUACAAAUCUAAGCGACAGGCAUCAGGAGGACCUGUUGAUGCAGGCCCAUCAUACCAGCAAGAUCUGGAGAAAGAGCUUUUUAAGCUGAAGCAAAUGUUUGGUAAAGCAGAUAUGAAUACGUUCCCUACCUUCAAAUUUGAAGAUCCCAAAUUUGAAACCAUUGAAAAACCCCAGUCCUGAAGAAAUAAUGGAAAAUUAAUCUGGUAAUUUGUCAUGGAUUACUUGUACAGUUAAUCAAAAGUAUCACAAUAAACACAUUUCACAAUUAAAAAAAAAAAAGAAAA